AUGAAACCUAGAGGUAAUCCUUUAGGUUCAACUCAAAUACUUGAUAAAGACUUAGAAACGCGUAACUUGGUACGACCACAUAUAUCGAUUGAAUCUCAUAUAUCAAACCUCUAUGAUGCAAAGGUUCAUGUGGUCUCUAAAGAUUAUGAACGUUAUAAUCUAACAAAAAACUCAGUAUUAGAACGAAUGCAAUGUAGUCAUGGUCUAGUCGCUGCAAUACUUCAAGCUUAUAAUGGUCACCAACAUUUAUCGUUACAACCGGAUGAUAUAUGGUUAACUAUCGUCCAAGGUGUUUGUCACCACAUAAAGCUUAAGAAAUAUAAUAAUUUCGUAAAGCGGAAAGCAAUUGAUAUCUCAACAGAAGCUGUUUUAAGUGUUGACCCUGACACGAAAUGUCUAGUUGGUGAUUGGUCUAAUUGUAUCAAUCAAUUAAUGAAAGCUGCUGAUAAGCAAAUGAAAAAGACUACAUUGCCAUCCUUGUUGGAAUGUGAGUUUUCUACUACUAUUCAAAGUUCUCAAAUUGCUAGUAGAAUUGCGUUAUUGGAUUACUCUCAAGAUUGUUGUUCUUACAACCUUGGAAUUUACUGCGGAAUACCUAAAGUUACUUUGGAAGGUACUUCCGAUGACUGGCUACUAAUCCAAAAAAAAAUGGAUUCCCUUCGUCCCAUAUUUCCUGAUUUGGAAUUUUGGUUUGAUCGUAUUGAAAAGAUUGUAUCCAAAUUAAUUGAAACUUAUAAUGGUAAAGUUGAUCAAGAAUUUUGGAAAGGAAUUGCAAGAGAAGAAUAUGGUUGUGGUGGUCCGCCAGAGUUAACUGGUUGGGUGACAUCUUUCUUCCCUUAUGAUAGUUCUGGUGAAAUCGUUAAUAAUUGGUUAGACGAAUAUAGACUACCUAGUGGAAGGAAUAUUAUUCCAUUUAAAGUCGAAAGUGGUCAGAAAAAGAAACUUAUCUCUGGAUUUUUGGGUGUGCAUCAAGAAGUUCUUAAAGAUGAAGAAGUUGUGGUUAGUCCUGUGAUUGGGUGGGCGGUUAUUGAUGAUGAACUACCUCCGUCUGAAUGUCCUGAGAAGGUUCAACAAACCUGUUUUUGGUAG